UUCAAGGAUCGGAUAUUGCACUUGAGUUGCAGGGGGUACAUUUUUUAUUUUUGACAACAAGCUGGCCUUUGGGGCUGUGGGUUUGCUUCGAGAGAGAACAUAAUAUUUUCCACUUUUUUUCUUAAAAGUUCAACCAUAAGAUACCGAUUUAUUCUAUACCUCUAAUAUCAAGCGCUUAAGGGAAAUCGCUUGACAGUCUAGGCUACUUCACUGUCACCCAUUGCCUAGGCUACUGAUUAAAUCUUUAGGCGAUAUAGCCUAUUUAGUCUUAAAUUCUCAUUUAAAGAAUUAUUCAGAUGUGUUGACGUUCAUUAUUUAAAGUAUUAAAUGGCUAUAUUAUAAACAAAUAAUAGCAUCAAACGUUUAUGUAGAAAAUACUCUUUAACUGAGUUUCAUUUUUUUUACAACACAGUCAAUCUUACUGCGGUUGAAGUCAUUUGAUAUAGCUAACUGUUGUAUCUGACGUUCUUUAGCCUACUUGUGACUCGACACAUUCGUGAUUUUCUUCCCAAAAUGCAAUUUUGGCAACAGCAUACAUUGUUUUGCACAUAGCAGAAACCCGAACAGUUUUUCUUCUUGGGAAGCAUAUCAGAACCCCAUCCAAUCACACGAGAUAUAAUAAUUAGGUUUCUUCACGAUGACUUUCUUGACUCAUGCAAUGCUACUAUUGCUACGUGGACUCGUCAUCUCUGCGGUACUUGGAUUGGAAAGCGGUUACUCGAAUGAUCUGUCGAGCCAUACGUCUAAUGCCGCAAUUGUGGCAACUACAGACCCGUGUCGGACGGUGAGGCCGCCAUGCAUGGGCGACGCCGACCGCUUCAGCCUGGAGGCGCUGCACCAGAUCCACAAGCAGCUGGACGACGACAACGACGGGGGGAUCGAGGUCAACGAGAGCGUGGAGCUCACCGACGUCGACGGCAAGGCUCGAAAGCUGCUUCCAGACGUAGGUUCCAGGUUCUGGGUUCUGGGUACUGAACGUCUGAGUCGGUUUAGUUCCCUGCGCUGCGUCCUGCUGUCUGGUGUUCCCUGGUCCACUGCUGGCCGGGGAGGAGAGCAGGGGAGCAGGGAGGGGGCAGCUGUUCCAGCGUCGACAUGCGUGUCUCGUGCCCAAGCAGCAGGCAGACAGGGGCCCCCUCACGCAGGCUGGUGUUGUGGACGGCGGCGGGGCGUUUCCACGGGCUCACGGUGCGCUUCUCACUCCUGUCUUUUCAGAAUAGCGGCUAACGAAGCGUUGUUUAUCUCGUCCCAGCUGAAGAUCCUCGACCAGCGGCACAAGCAAAAGCUGAAUCUGAAAGCGCUGGACGCCGUGCUCUUCGGGCCCCCGCUCCGUCAGCAGCACAACUGGCUGAAGGACUUUGUGCUGAUGGUGUCCAUCCUGAUCGGGGUGGGAGGCUGCUGGUUUGCCUAUGUCCAGAACAAGUCGUCCAGGGUGCACAUCUCCCAGAUGAUGAGGGACCUGGAGAGCCUGCAGAGCGCCGAGUUCAGCCUCAUGGAGCUGCAGGAACGGCUGGAGAAGGCUCAGGAGGAGAACAGGACCGUGGCUGUGGAGAAGCAGAACCUGGAGCAGAAGAUGUUAGACGAGAUCAGCGGGGCCAAGAAGGAGGCCCACCGCCUCCGGGACCUCCGCCAGGGAGCGGAGUGCGAGCUCAGCCGCCUCAAGUACGCAGAGGAGGAGCUGGUGCAGGUGCGUAUGGCUCUGAAGCGAGCAGAGAAGGAGAUGCAGUCAGAGUUCUCGGUGCCGGAGGCCCUGCAGAUGUGGCUGCAGCUCACCCAUGAGGUGGAGGUCCAGUACUACAACACCAAGAAACACAGCGCCGAGCAGCAGCUCACCGUCGCCAAGGACGAGGCAGAGAAAAUCAAAAAGAAGAGGAGUUCAGUAUUUGGAACCCUUCAUGUUGCUCACAGUUCGUCUCUGGAUGAGGUGGACCACAAGAUACUAGAGGCAAAGAAGUCCCUGUCGGAGGUGACCGCCUGCCUGCGGGAGCGCCUCCACCGCUGGCAGCAGAUCGAGAAGCUGUGCGGCUUCCCCUUGGUGCACAACUCGGGCCUGCCCAGCCUCACCGCCACGCUCUACUCCGACCACAGCUGGGUGGUCAUGCCGCGGGUCUCCGUGCCGCCCUAUCCCAUCGCCGGCGGAGUGGACGACCUCGACGAGGACACGCCCCCAAUCAUUCCACAGUUCGCCUCAUCCACCAUGAUGCGCCCCCCCCUGAGCCGCAGCAGCAGCUUGUGUCGCUCGCGCCGCAGCCUCCUGGGCUCCCAGCAGUCCUCGCUCAUGUCCCCCGACCCCGACCUCCUGUCCAUGGCAGGCUCCGGCCUGUCCUACCACCCCGAGGGGGACGAGGACCACCUCUUCUUCAACGUGGAGAGGAAAGGGGAUUGCACACAGGACACCUUCUCAGACACAGACUCUAUCAGCUCCAGCAUGGGCUCCCGCAAACAGCAGUACCCUGGCCCCUGCUCGGCUGGUCAGGAGACCCAGUACCGCAGGAUCUCCCGCGAGGAGAUGCUGAUCUACUCCCAGGACCCCUCCCUCGGCUCGGGGGCCUCCUCCUCCUGCCUCAGGGACUCCACCCCCCCACCCUCCACCAACCCCUCCCCCGCCCUGGAGCACCAAACCCACUCGCACAAGGGCUCCCCCGACCUCACCCGCACCCUCUUGCCCGAGUCCCAGAGCAUGCCCUUUGCCGGCGGCGUCCAACAAGCGGGUAUGGGGGCGUACAACGGUAUCUUGGAGAAGUCCUACAGCAUGGGCCAGCUGCCCGCGGGCAUGGGGCCCGGUGCGGGCCGCUACCCCUCCCUUACCUCACUGGACUCGGAGGGCAGGAGUGUGGGCAAAGAGCACAAGCUCCAGAGCACCUCCUCCCAAGACUCGAGCGACAAUGGCAGCGAGAAGUUUCGACGCUCCUCGUCUAAGAUCAAGAGCCUGUUCAAGAAGAAAAAGUAAACUAUUUCAGAGCGAUGCGUCGCUAAAGAGCGAGGGAGAGGGAGAGGGGGAGAGAGUGAGGGGGAAGUUGGAAUUCAAAGGGUGAAGGGAGAGUUUGCUUUAGCCUUAAUAUAAAUGGAUGUCAUCAGAAAACAAUUCUUUUUUCCUUUUUUUUCCUUUCUUUCCCUUUUCUCCUUUUGUUAAUGACGGGAUGUAGCUCAGUCUGGGUACUUUGAACACCCCAGACUGGUAGCCUUACAGUUCGAAAAUGCCUUUUUUGUUCACUCAUAGCCUCACAGUAAAGCCUUCAAAGGUCGAAGAAAGGUAAACAAAAGGUCAAAGUGUCAAGGUCCAUGCCAGUUGUUUAUCAGACAACAAUCAAAAGCAUGACCUGCUCACUGUCCUUUCUUGUUGUUUUGAGUUUGUACCAAAAAAAAAAAAAAAAACGUGUGUAGGGGGUUUAAAGGUGCAAUCUGUAAAAUUAUUUGGCUAUUGUAAUUAAUGACCAAUGCCUUUCUAAAUGAAAGGUUGGGUUUUUGAGACAGUAAGGUGUACAUUUCCCAUAGCGGAUCACUGUAUCACAGGAGAGCCUCAUGUGAAAACUAGUAUAAACUUUCAAUAACAGUUGGAUUGAAUCAAAAAUAAUAACUAGAAAAUCGCAUUUUACGACAAUGCAGGUUUGAUUAAUUUUUCAGAUGAUUUUCUGAUUCUUUAUAUUUCCCGAUUACGGAUUGCACCUUUUUUAGGGUUUCAAUAGUAGGCUUAUUCAGCUUUAAGAGUUCCAGUUUCCCGAGGCUCCAGAGCUCAUGUACUUGACUAAUUUCCUUAGAAGAAUAUCCUGCUAAUGUUUGUUGCACUAUUGCUUUCCUGUUUUGGGGGAAAGAGCCGCUGCCUGCGGAGUAAAUAUUGAAUAAAGUUGUAGAGUAAAGAACAAUGUAUGACGAGAGGCAUUGAGUGCACAACAGGUGUUGUCAGAGCCAAAAUCAUUUGAUGUGUUUUGAAUGUCUCUCUUUAUGGAUUAUUCUAGAUAUAUAUAUAUAUACAUAUAUAUAUAUAUAUAUACUUUGUUUUUACAAAAUUAUGUUCUUAUAGAUGUUUUUAAAAAGAUUUUUAUUGGUGGGGGUUCCCUAAGGAGUGACUGGUUUUUACUGAAGAGCAACAUAAGAAUAUGCAGAUUUAACCCCCACCCUUAAGUUACCUGUCUUUGUAACCUACACUACCCAAUGUGGAGCCCAUUUUUCCUUACUCGUUUCCUUGCUUCCAUGCAUCUUUUCUUAAUGGUCUUUCCUUAAUUACUCAUGUCCUCUCUCCUUACCUGUCUCAACGUUUUCAUUGGAAAGGAUUACCCGAGGGUCCUGACAUCAACCUUUUUACACCAAUGUGCUCUGAAACGGCAAGGACAAAGGACAUAAGGACAAAGGACAUAAGGACAAAGGAUAUAAGGAACUGAGGUACAGCCUUUGCUUCCUUCCAUUCUCCCCUGACCUUUUUCCUGUUGUCGUCAUCCCUGGCUUCUUCAUGUGAAGUGUUCCUCACCUCCACGCCUAGACUGAGCGCUCUGUUUCAAGGGUUCUCUAUUUUCUCGCCGCCCUUUUUUCGUCAUCCUGGACACGGCGCUUCACCUCUGGAUCACAACCACAACGUUUAUGACAAAAACGUCGCAAGCUGAAAGGUCACGGCAGUGACGAGAGACAGUGACGGGCACGAUUGGGGUGGCAAACUUGUGACAAAAGUUGCGGUAUGUCACAGUACAGCAUGCAACAAACAGGAAAAAAGUUACAUGUGAGCAGAAAAUAUAAAUGUCUACAAGACGUUUGGAUUUUUGGAAUAUUUGUUGUGUGAAUAUUUGUAUACUGUAGAUAAAUUAAUAAAAAAUGGAGGCAUAACAAUA